AUUUGUUUUUUCCACAUUGCACUACGCGUUACGUAUGUAAGAACGCAAAUUUCCUUCUUUCCUUCCCUUUUUAAGUUUUCCUUGCCGUUUUUUUCCCCCACCCUUCGAGAAUAUGGCCAUGGCGGUUCUCCGCUCUCAGGACUGCCGCGGAGGCAGAUUCGGUGACGAGUCUCUGAAGCUGACCGCCCCGUUCAGAUCGCGCCGGAAACCUAAUUUUCCGAUUCUGAGCCCCAACUCUAGCGAUCCUCAAUCCCGCCGGCGAAAGCGGAGUCCGGUAGGGUUCCAAUCAUCUCCGCAAGAUCGUGAUCCAAGUCGAUCGCGAUAUGGAGCCCUGGUGGAGAAGGCUCCAGCCAACAAUUUGGUCAUGGGACAAGUCAAGAUUCUGAAGCGAGGUGAGACGUUGAGCCUCAGUCCGGCGAGGAACAACCGCGGCGUCGGAGUUGUCGCCGGCGAGAGCAAUCGGAAGUCUACAGCGAAGAAGGUAGGAGCCGGCGCGGAUUUGGUCCUCGGAUCGACGGAUCGGUUGGGUCCGGAUCCCGAGACGGUGAAGAAGCAGGUUAGGGUUUCGAAUCACAAAGUUGUUGCUUCCGCUGACGGUCUUUACGCUGGAUCGGGGGCCUUUUUUCCCUCACCGCCGCCCAGCUCAGUGCCGCUGCCGGCGUUUCUCGGAAAGAACGACGCGGCGACGACCGAUUUGCGACGGCUGUUGCAACUUGAUUUGGCGUGACCUUGUCGAUGACAAUGAAGAAGAAGAAGAAGAAGAAUAAAAGUAAAAACGCUUUCCGGUUCAAGCUCUGCGCUUACAACUGUUCCGUUGGUGGAUUUAAGAGAAUUGGAUUCUUCACCGAGUUUUUCUGAUCGUUCAAUUUACCUCAAUUUCUUCCUUUAUUUUUUCAAGAGGAAGGUAAUUGAGUUUAAGCAGACGAUAACAUCUUCAGAUCUUCUUAUUAGCGUCGUUAGAGGAAGUUUUUUUUUUUUUUUUUUUUUUUUUUUUUUGGGGGGGUUUUUUUUUUU